AUGGCCUCACAGCAUAACCCUAACGAGUUCAUGGCGGAGGGCAAGCUUGACCCCUCCUUCUCGGUCGAAUCUUUCUUUGCGGAGGAAACCACGACCCCCGCGGUCUCUGCUCCGCCUCCCGCCAAAAGGGUGUGUGUUGCUGCCUCUUCAAGCUCUGCACCGGUGGCCCCCCCGACGGUCCAUGCGGGUCCGUCGUCCGCUCCCACGGUGGCGCCUGUGGCGGCUCCUGUGGCUGGCCCGUCCGCUACCGUGCCGGCUACUUCCACCUCAGUUCAGGAAGUAGCCCAGACGCCCUCUCUUGCAAUUACGGGCCGGUUCAUCCGUCUCCGCCGAAACCGCGAAAUCGUUGGAGUGAUCGUUGAGAAUCUCACACGCGACACGCAGUCCAUUGUUGUCAUCUUAUUCCCUGAAGCCCUCGAGGCUCAUCGCAGACGAAUCAUUACCCGUGUGCGCAGCAUCUUGCGUGGUCGAGAUUUUGCUGGUGGCAGAGUCCCUGCUUUUGAAGCCUCAGCUGGAGAGAACCUGAGGCUGCCGCGCCGCACUUACUGCCGACAUAUCUUCCAGUGGCCUACGCGCGAUGACGCUGCUCGCUUCCGCAGGCUGCUACCCGGAACGAUCUACCGUGCUGCGGAGGGCCCCUCGGCGGAGAUUAAGGUGUUUGAGGACCCCGCCCCUGACUUCACCAUGGCCAAGGCCCGCGGCGAGACUGUGCUUGUGAUCUUUCCGUUAAGACUCCACCCUGCUGUGGCGGCCUUCAAGGCCGACCCAGGCCUUCUCUUCAUCGGCACAGAUAUCGAAGUCGAAGUGUGGACCUGUGCACUUUGCUCUUUCCAAUGCGGUUGGGCUCUGGACAGUGCUAUGGAGCAUCUGGCCAGUCCGUCUCACGCGAUUGCCAUCUCCAACGGCCCAGUCACUCCUUCCCCCAUCGAGGAGUUUGGGGACAUGAAGAUCAUGGAUCUCAACAGGAACGAUGCCAUUACGAGCUUCCUUGCGUAG